AUGAGAUUCAAAAUUAAGGUUAAUGAGAAUACUAAGCAUGCCGAUAUUUGCACUUCUGUAAAAUGGGGAUUGAACAAUGAGGCAUAUAGUUUGAGUGAUGAUUAUACAAUUUUGAAAUGGGAUCCUAAUUCAUUAGAGUCAUCGAAAUUCGUGGAUUUGGAGGGAUAUGGCACAGACUUCGAUUUCUUGUAGGGAUAGAGGGGAUCAACAGAUCUAGUAGCUAUAGCAUUUAGUGAUGGCUCAUUCAUAUUGUAAUAAAAGACAGGAAAGGUGGAAAAGAAGGAGAAGGAAGCACACAAGGGAGCUAUCAUAAGUAUCAAGUGGAGUGUAGAUGGAUCAUUAGCAACAUGUGGUGAGGAUGGUGCUUUAAAGAUUUGGAGUAAAACAGGAAUAAUCAGAUCAAAUUUAGUAUAGAUAGAUAAACCAAUAUAUUGUAUUGUUUGGAGUCCAGACAAUGAUGGUAUACUCUAUUGUUCUGAUAAAAUGAUCUACAUUAAGCCAUUACAAGCAGGUUAAAAAUAGGUGCAAUGGAAGGCUCAUGAUGGUUUGGUUUUGAAGGUGGAUUGGAAUCACACAAACAAUUUGAUAUUGUCAUGUGGAGAGGAUUGUAAAUACAAAGUGUUUGAUACUUACGGCAGAUUAUUGUUUGCAUCGGCUCCAUAUGAUUAUGUGAUAACAUCAGUUGCAUGGAGUCCUAAUGGCGAUUACUUUGCUGUGGGUGCAUAUGAUAUGUUGAGACUCUGUGAUAAAACAGGUUGGACCUAUUCUUUUCAUAAAACUAAUUAAGGAAGUAUUUUAAAUAUAGCAUGGACAAGUGAUGGGACUAUUUGUGCAGGAGCAGCUGGUAAUGGCAGUGUGAUAUUUGGUCAUGUAGUUGAAAGAUGUAUCACUUAUGAUAAGUGGGAGAUCACCUUGACAGAAGAUAAUAAAAUUCAAAUUAUUGAUUUAAUAGAUGAAAUGAAUAGUGAGUUCGAUUUCAAAGAAAGAGUAAUUAAUAUGUCUAUGAAAUACAACAAUCUCAUAAUUACAACCAGUUCACAUUGUUACAUCUAUUCUUUUAGAAACUGGAACACUCCAUACAUCUUCGACAUCAGAGACUCAGUCAGUUAAAUUUGUUAAUGUGCCAAUUACUUUUGCCUAGUCGAAGUAAGUUCAGGAAUCAUGGUCUACAAUUAUGAAGGCAGAUUGAUCAGCAAUCCCAAAAUCUAAGGAACUAAAUUUGAACAUUUAUCUCAUAAAAAGAUAGCUAUCUCUAAUGAUUUAUUAGCAUUAGUUGAUGGAGGUAAUAAUAAAGUUGUCAAAUUCUACGAAAUGAACUCAGGGAAAGCUUUGAAUUUCACAGUUGAACAUUCCUUAGAAAUUCUUGAAAUCAAUUUAAAUCAAACAGAAAUGAUCGGAGAAAGGAAAUUGGCCUUUGUUGAUUAAAACAGAGACUUACAUAUUACUCCUGUUCAUAAAAAAGAUAUAGUUAAAUUGGCUGCCAUGACAGAUUCAUUUUUAUGGAAUGAGAAAUUUGAUAUGUUAUGCGCUAUUUCCGAUCAAAGAUUCGUUGUCUGGUACUAUCCAACAUCAGUCUAUGUGGACAGAGAUCUAUUAGAAUAAGUUAAAGUAAGUAAGGAGUGCACCGAUCUAACCAGAAACUCAUAAAUUUUGUCAUUCUAAGACACCAUGGUCUAAAUCCGUAGAAAGGAUGGUGCAAUUAUGACUUAAAGUGUUUCACCAUAUCCUGCAUUACUCUUCGAAGCUUGCGAAAGGGGAAAAUGGGAGAAGGCUAUCAAAUUAUGCAGGUAUGUCAAGGAACACACAUUGUGGGCUGCACUUGCUGGUCUUUCACUUUAAUUUAAAGAACUUAAUACAGCUGAAAUUGCUUUGGCUGCAAUCGAAGCUGCCGAUAAGGUUCUCUUCAUUUAAAAGAUUAUCAAUGUCGAAUCCGAGAAAGCCAAAAGUGCUCUCCUGGCUUUAUUCUUCAAAAGACCUCAAGAGGCUGAAAAUAUCUACACACAAGCUAAAUUGUAUUAUAGAGCCAUUAAAAUGAAUAUCAAAUUAUAUAAAUGGGAAAGGGCUCUUGAUUUGGCUCUUCAAUAUAAUGUUCAUCAAGACACUUUGCUAGCAUACAGACAAAAAUACCUUGAAUUAACAAGCUAACAAGAAACCAUACCCAGAUUUGAAAAGCUUGCUUAUGAUAUCAAAAAGUAUGAUUGGGUAGAAAUUAAAAAUAAAAUUAAAUAAGAAAAGGCGAGAGAACAAUAAUCAUGA